AUGGUCAAGGGCGCUAAAGGUAGUUCAACAUGUUUACAUGCUGUAUAUGAUACACAAUCUAUGAAACAACGUGGCACGGACGAUACUAUUUAUAUAAUGAACGAAAAUCUCAAUCUACCUUCAGACUGCCUAAAACUCUCUGAAACCAAUAAUUCUCAUGAUACUAUCAUAGAAAUCAAUGAUCGAUCAUCCGGUGAUAUCAAGAUUUUCGAUGCACAAUCGAGCGUGCUUUGCAGAAGAUGCGAAUACUUCAAGGUCGCUUUAUCGGAAAAGUGGGCUAAAAAAGUUGAUGAUAAGUAUAUACUAAAAUUAGACGUUUCAUCCGAAGCCUUUGAAAUCAUAUUAAGAGGAAUCUGUAGCGGAACGAUCAUUUUCAAUAACCCAAGUACGAAUAUUUUGAUGGAAUUAAUGCUUGCAUCUGAUAUACUUCUCCUCCAUGAAUUUUUCAAUUAUUUAAGAUCCAAAUUAGAUGAAAAAAGGAAUAAAAACAAGGAAUGGUGUGAUGAAGAUAUUGUUUCAAUAUUAAAAAUUUCUUAUCGAAUUCCAUCCGCUCAAAACCUUUAUUUAUUCUGUCAAGAUAUCUUUGUAGAAAGACCGUUGAUUUUAUUUGAAUCUCCGGAAUUUUUAUCGAUUGAUGAGGAACUAUUGUUACAUAUUUUAAAGCUGGACGUGAUUUGCUUGCCAGAGAUAAUGAUCUUUAAUAAACUAAUAGAAUGGGGUAUUGCAAAUACUCCCGAUUCAUCUCAGAUCGAAGACUUGGGAGUUACUAUAAAGAAUGGAAUGCAGCUGAUUCGAUUUUAUAGCAUGAGUUCAGAAGAAAGGGAUUCAACUCUCAAUUUUGAAAGCAUAUUGCCAACAAGAGAAGUUCAACUUCUAACUUCAAUUCGCAUGAAUUCACCCGUUGAACCAGUGAUUUUUAGUAGCAGAUUUAUCGGAUUAAUUAUGACGUGGAUUGACAGAAAAGAUCUCAAGGAAGAUCCAUACGGCGGAUUUUAUAAUCCAUUUGAAAUUAGACUCAAAUUUCGUAUGAACGAUAGGACAAGUUUUUAUCAAGAACAUAAUAAUUACUACAAUAAAUCUUCAAACAGAAUCUUACCAACAAUGAAAUGUCACCACGGACCUUCAUUAAUGAUAAUGAAACUUAAAACUUCAGGGAAGAUAAUUGGUGCCUACAAUCCUAUAGAUUGGAAGGGAGAUAUAUCAAAGAAGGCCAACGCUUGUACAACCGAAAGUUUUAUCUUUAGUUGUGAUGAUAGGUAUGGAACGAACCUUCGGUUGAGCAGAGUUCGUGAUUUUGAACGAGCAAUUUCUCUAAAGAAAGUGAAACCAAGUGGCGUAUUAUUAAAUUUUGGCGAAGAUUUAACAUUUGAAUAUAUGUAUAAACGUGUCAGUUGUUAUGUUAAAAACGAAAUAUACGAUUCACCAAUAUUGGAUGAGGGUAGGUAUGAAUUUGAAAGUUGGGAAAUUUAUAGAAUCAGAAGAACAGACGGUGAUCCACCAAUGGUAAUCAAUGAAGAAAUUAGACAACAAGCUCAACCUAGCAUAAAAUUUCCCAUUGAAACAAAGAUUAUUGAUAGCGAUUUUUUUGGAUUAAUUGCGACAUGGAUCGACGAAAAAGAUCCAGUGGAAGCUCGGUACACUGAGUCCAACAUGCCAUUCCAAUUUACGCCUUUAUUUCGUAUGAACGAUGAGACAACUUUUUAUAACGAACACCAGAACUACUACAAUAAAGAUUCAGAUGGAACCCUACCAACAAUGAAAUGUCACCACGGACCUUCACUGAUGAUAAUGAAACUUAAGAACUCCGGAAAAAUAAUUGGGGCUUAUAAUCCACUAAAUUGGAAAAAGGAUUUUGAACUUGGUUAUUAUGAAUCUACAAAAGAAAGUUUUAUCUUUUCAAGCGAUGAUGUACAUGGCAUGGAGCAAAUCAUUUAUUGA